UAACGAAGACGGUGUGCGCAGAGCAGUGUGAUGGACGGUGCUACGGGCCCUACGUCAGUGACUGCUGCCACCGGGAAUGUGCUGGAGGCUGUUCCGGACCUAAAGACACUGAUUGCUUUGCCUGCAUGAACUUCAAUGACAGCGGUGCAUGUGUCACCCAGUGCCCCCAGACUUUCGUCUACAAUCCUACCACCUUCCAACUGGAGCAUAAUCACAAUGCCAAGUACACCUAUGGGGCUUUUUGCGUCAAAAAGUGCCCACACAACUUUGUGGUAGAUUCCAGCUCUUGUGUCCGCGCAUGUCCAAGCUCCAAGAUGGAGGUUGAAGAAAACGGUAUCAAGAUGUGCAAGCCCUGCACUGACAUUUGUCCUAAAGCAUGUGAUGGCAUUGGAACGGGGAGCUUAGUGUCAGCUCAGACGGUGGAUUCCAGCAACAUUGACAAGUUCAUAAACUGUACCAAGAUCAAUGGGAACCUUAUCUUCCUUGUUACUGGGAUUCAUGGGGACCCGUAUCACACAAUUGCCGCAAUCAAUCCAGAGAAGUUAAAUAUCUUCCAGACAGUGAGAGAGAUAACAGGGUAUUUGAACAUACAGUCAUGGCCUGAGAAUAUGACAGAUUUCAGGGUGUUUUCUAACUUGGUUACCAUCGGUGGAAGAGCUCUCUAUAGCGGCCUUUCCUUACUCAUCCUAAAGCAGCAAGGCAUUACCUCUCUGCAGUUUCAGUCCUUGAAGCAAAUCAGUGCUGGCAACAUCUACAUCACAGACAACAGCAAUUUGUGCUACUACCACACUGUCAACUGGACCAGCCUCUUCAGCACACCCAGUCAGAAGACAGUGAUUCAUCGAAAUAAGAAGGCAGAGAACUGCACUGCUGAUGGAAUGGUGUGUAAUGAGUUAUGCUCAAGCGAUGGCUGCUGGGGGCCAGGGCCAGACCAGUGUCUCUCCUGCAAGCACUUCAUCAGGGGAAGGACCUGCAUAGAGUCUUGUAACCUGCAUGAUGGAGAAUUUCGAGAAUUUGCAAAUGGUUCUGUCUGCGUGGAGUGUGAUCCCCAGUGUGAAAAGAUGGAAGAAAAUAUGAUCACGUGCUAUGGGCCGGGACCUGACCACUGCACAAAGUGUUUCCAUUUUAAGGACGGUCCAAAUUGUGUGGAAAAAUGUCCUGAUGGCUUACAGGGGGCCAACAGCUUCAUUUUCAAAUACGCUGAUGAGGAUCGGGAGUGCCAUCCGUGUCAUCCAAACUGCACCCAAGG